CAUCAGGUUACAAACAGACAGACGAAGAAAUAGAAACAGUCGUAGAAAUAAUUCAAACAAACUCAUCACAAUCAAUAUUUUUGACCGGGUUUUAUUGGCUUUAUGUGAUUUAGAAAUGUUAUUUUUAAUUAGCCUUCAUCAUUGUAGAAUCCAAGUAAUUGGCUAAUGUAGGUUUACAUAUGUGUUUAAUCAUGAAUGUACUUAAUGUCUGCUCUAUGGUGUUUGUUUCAUUUAUUAAAAACACAUAAUAAUUGUUACCAAAGAAGUGCGCACUCAAGGAAUAAAUAACCGAAUAAGUGCGCACUUUUAAGCACUAUACUUACAACACCGGAACUAUCGCAGAAUGUACUUUUUGUGUCUUAAUGUUAGGUAAUACAAAGUUCAAGGAAGGCUACUUGCCUAAUGACUAGGUUAUUAGCCAUUUCUCACAAUUAAGUAAAGUUUAAAAAAAAAAAACAUGCCCAGUAAAGUUUAAAAAAAAAAACAUGCCCAGUAAAGUUGACCAGCAAGACACCAGCAGCGAGAAGUCGACAGAGGUCAGCCAACAGCUGUCCCACGGCCCUCAUCCACCCCAAGCACCACACGCGGCCACAACUACCGCGCCACCUAUAUCGGCACACCAAGAUGCACCUCAACCCAUUCUUCAACAACCACCUCAACCCAUUCUUCAACAACCACCUCAACCCAUUCUUCAACAACCACCUCAACCCAUUCUUCAACAACCACCUCAAGCCAAUUUCCCACCACCUCCACCCGGACCAGUAGUAAUGAUACAGGAACCUGUUGCUAUGGUGAUGGCUAGUGGUCCACCACUUCCACAAGGUCUAGAAUAUCUUAGCAAGCUGAACCAGGUCAUCAUCAAACAGGACGUUGAACUCUUAGAGGCAAUCGUUGGGUUUGAGACACAGAAUUCCUACAAACUUUUUAACAGCGCGGGUCAACAGUGCUACUCGGCAUUCGAAAAAUCCAACUGCUGUGCGCGUCAGUGCUGUGGAAAUAAUCGCUGUUUUGAAAUGAUCGUCACCGACAAUUUUAAUCAGAUGGUGUUCUCAGUGUAUAGACCCUACAAAUUCUGCAAAUAUCACCCGUGCUGUGCAUGCUGCGGCAUAUGUCAAGACGAUGUCAGGAUUUCAGCACCCGAUAGCUCGCCGUUAGGAAAAGUACAUCAGAGGUGUUCCAUUAUAAAGCCGAGGUAUUACGUCCUAGACCACAACUCCCAAUCUCAGUGUGAGAUUGUCGGACCAAUCUGUCAGUGUACACUUUGCUGUAAAUCUGUGGAAUUUACGGUCCGCAGUAUACACGACCACAAAAAAAUUGGAGCCAUAUCAAAAUACCGAGGUGACAUUAUUCAGGAACUAUUUACUGAUGCAGACACUUUCGGUGUGACAUUCCCCAUAGAUCUUGACGUCAGAACGAAGGCAACUUUGAUUGGAGCUGUCUUUCUCAUUGACUUCAUGUUCUUCGAGGAUCCACCAAAACAAAAAGUAACAACGUAACUCCCUUCUGAAGAUGUCUCAACUUGGCCAGUACCUCAACAGCAUACACCAUCAUAACAUCACAGCAUGUAACAUCCCAGAUUGCAACACCACAGCAUGUAACAUUCCAGACAUCCCAGAUUGCAACAACACAGCAUGCAUCUCUGUGACACGUCUUGCUGUUCUACUUAUGUUACAGAAAAUGAAUAAACAAUUAUUGAUGUAAAUUACCAGCAAAAAAAUAAUAAAGAAAUGUUUUAA